AUGUCUUCAAAUGACCAGAGCUCCUCGAGCAGCGAAGGGGGGGACGACUACGUCGAGCUCAUUGUUGCUGUCGUCGCUUUGGUCAUCUCUGUAUUAGCCUUUGCAAUCGCCAUCCUCCAGGCCCUCCAGCAGUACCUGGCUACCGCCACCGGCUUCUCUUCCUGCAGUGAGGCUGUUAUAGGGAAAUGGGCCAAGUUUGCCAGGCGCCACAUGAUUUGGACCGAGUUCCGUUUCGAGGUCCAAUUCGAGGUCCCAGUCAUUUUCGUCGCUAGGCCGAAAAACACCAAGGGUCCUCUAGGAGACGAGGCCUUCGCCCCAAUUGACGCGCGCAUCGUUCGGAUGGACGGGAGCCCCGACAAUUUUGAAUAUACUGACAGCGUCGAGGAGUUUGACAUCAAGAAAUCCAAGAAAAGCACGCGCCAGGCCAUUCAUACAGCCGACAACGAAAAGGCCACCUGGUAUGGUCUCCUUAUGGCCGUUUGUCGAAUGGAGACGGAAUCUCGAGAGUGGCAAGCGAAGAAGUCAGCGGAGCGGCGCAGCACCAUCGGUCCUCGCCCCCCUCCUAUGAAUCCGACGCCUCCCGACGCGCCUCACCACCACCACUCCCUGGUAGUGUGCAUGCAAAGAAAGCGGCGAACUUGGGACAGCAUGCCCAAGGACUUUGCAAAGCCCUAUGCUACUACUACUAUAUCUCACAUAAUUGAGAUUGCUGCCAUCCUAGGUAUCCACUGGAGGAUCUUUGAUGUAAACAAUCACCGAUAUCGUGCCCAGGGCAACGGCUUUGUCAUUGACGGCUCGUCCAUACAGAGCCUGGGUAUUACGUUCAAUUUCCAGAAACAAGGACCAACGUGGUUUCAAAAGAACCGCGUAGUUCCCAACUAUAAUAUCAAGAAGCUAUGCUUUGGCAUCGUCCCUACCAUCUUCAAACAAGACCGAGUGGUUUACGCCGAUGAGGCCAAAGGGGUCGAAAGUCUCCAGCUGGAGGAUCCCGCGGCGAUUGCCAAUACCCUUGUGGUGUUUGGCUGCAAUAACAGGACUGUCAAUUAUUUCCGGAAGAACCUCGACCAGUCUCGUCACAGUCAUUUAUUUGCUGUUGCAUUCGAACUCCUCGGCAUGGUAGGCGAGAUGCUACACGUAAAAGACACCGUGUUCCGGGUACUUCCAAACCCCACAGGCUUUCAUUGGGAUCCUAGCACCUUUUCUCUACCGAGACUUCUAAACAAAUACAUCAUCUCGUUAAAGCUGCUUCACGGCCGAUCCUCGGAAGAGAGCGAGCAUUUGAACAACAUUAUCAAUUGGGCGGAAAACGUCCCAGAGUUCUCGCUACUUCGGGCUCAGGAAAGCACGCCAGACUUCUUUCGCGAGGAUCCACCUGGUGCCUCUCUCAUCGACAAUCUCAGCCACCUACGCGAUGGAGUCGAGCUGUGCGAUGAUUACCUUGGAAAGAUCGAAGCACGCAGCCCGUCCAUGGUGAAGCAGAUUGUUCGUGUGCAUAUCCAAGAGAUCAUGCGUAUCCUUCACGAGGAAAAGAAAGAAACCGACCAAGGUUCGAAUAGUAACGCUAUUACGAUCCAUGACAUUGAUUCCGCAUCCGCGGAGAAGGAGUCUCUAUUGAUUGACAUGUAUUUCGAUCGUAUACGGCCAGAGGUUGUCCGAAUCGUGCGCGAGCAAGCUCCUGCAAGCAGCCAAAAUGGAGCUAGCCAGGACAAUUCUGGGUCAAUCAACGUCUCGGGCGAAACUACAGAUCCGAGUCUCGAGCCAAGCAAUAGCGGUGCGGAAGACGUCGAUGAGGUGUGGUGCACCCUCGUAUUCCGCAUGCUAUGCUGGUUACAGCUGCACACUUUCCAUAAGAUGGAUAUUCAGGUCAGCAAGAGCGAUGUGUACGGCAGUCGCAUCCCCGUGUAUAUCGUCUGA